AUGGAGAUUUUCGAUCUUCCGUCGCCACUUUGGAAUAAAGUCUUCGACUAUGUGCUCAACUCCAGAGAUUCGACAGUAGCUGAUCUACUUGCCGCAACUGUCCUUCAGCCUCACUUUGCCAACUUUGAACUUAAAUCUGUGGAGUUUCAAGCUACAAAUGACACCAGUGUGGUAAAACUUGGCAUCAAUGGAAGACAACCAAUGGAAGUUCACCUUACUGAGUUGGACCUUGCUCGGAAAACGCUACUCCCUUUUCUUCACAAGACCACCAAUUUCACCGUCGUUGGGGUCAACAAAAAUCAAAAAUGGCUUGACGCACUGUUUUGGACUGAAGCCUCUGAAUUGAUUGAGCACCUGGUGAUAGCCGAUUCACAAAUCAGUCCUUUUUUGCUUGAGUUUGUGGCCAAAUCAUAUGCUCAUAAUGUCUCUUUCAUCAAAUGUACUUCAACGCAGGAUUUCACUUUCAAUAUGGACUGGCACACAAAGAGUUUACUGCUCUAUGAAUGUUCACCGGUAUUUGUCGCUCGCAUCGCAGAGAAAGCCAUGUAUUCAACCACUGACUUGCAGCAAUUUGAGGUGCACAUGAAUUUUCUUGAUGAAAGUGUUGAUUUGAAUCGAGUCAAAUUCAUUGAAGGUGCAAUGCAAGAACCAACAGAGCAACGCUUUGACUUUGAAUGGACAUAUUGGAAAAGAAUCAGUCGAAUCAUCGUUGCAAACCCUGAAAUCACUGUUGCUUUCUACGUGCAAGACGGCGAUCUUCAAUUGGCAUUUAUGCUUCUGGUUUUCUACCGCAAUCAUAUGCUUGAGUACGCAGAAUACGAAAAUGCUUCAUCAACACUUAAGAUGUCACCAAGAAAUACGGUUGCAUUUGGGAGAAUCUUUAUGAUGCAUCGUCUCUUCAUCAACGGAUGUUGCUACUCACCACGAAGGAAUGACAUGAUAGCUCGCUUUGAAGCCGAGCAUUUUCUGGAAAAACGACGUCAAAGCACUGAGUGUGAGAGUCCGGCUGAAACUUCUGCUUCACAAGCAUCCAUGGAAGUACCAAGUCUGCAGAAAGAUAACAGGAAAAAUGAUAUAUCUCAACACCAUGCACUGACCGUCGUGAAGAAUUCGGUAUCCCUGGUCGCA